AUGUGGACGCCACUGCUGGACCUCUCCAGAACUAUCGUUCUGCGGGCGAAUUCUUUUUGCAACAUUCAGGGGCUUGGGGAUGAUAUCAGCGAAUUUCCAACAAAUUUUUUGGAGGAAGAGAAGAAACCGGAUUUCACUACCAGGGAUGUGAACGAAGUUCAAGGCGAACCUCUUACCUUGGAAGACGAUGGCGACGCGGGUUCUGCGGAGGAUUUGAAGUUCAAAGAUGGCGUAACUGUAACUAUUAGUGGAGCCAGAGAUAGUCUACUUGAUGGUGCUCUUAUGAAUGGAGAUGUAGCCUCCUUCUACAUCGUACACUAUAUCCCGCAUGCGAUGCUACCGAAUGAUUGGCCUAAAAGAAGUAAAGUGUAUUUUGCGAACACUGACCUGUAUCCCAUGAUUAGCCGUAAAUGCCGCAACAAACUGAUCCAACAAAGUGGUGGAGAAAUAACAGCUGAAACGGUGAGGGAAGUCUUCUUGUCAAGAAAGGGUACGGUACCGCUCUAUCUGGUGAAACUUGUAGAAGCGGAGCUUUCUGUCAUCCCAAUAAUUUGGGAGAACCAUUGGUUGGAGCAAAUUGUUUUUUUCAUAGGGCAUUCAAAUGCAAUUUUGUGGGAAUGA